UUUCACUUAACCACACCAUCCGGACAGCAUCCGUGCGUUCUCUCAGUUGAUUGAAUCACUCUGAACAAUUCGGGUGAUCUUACCCAUCAUUCCCCCUUUCAUUAGUUAAUUCAGUCACCCAAAUUUCCACUCAAUCUAUCCAAUAAGUGCUUUAAAAAAUGUUGUUCACGCGAAUGCUCAAAGUCCUACCACAGUCCUUCAAAUCAGGAUUUCGACUAUUUCACUCCAGGAAGGGAUCACCACCCAGAAUUCUCAUAACUGGCGGACUGGGACAGUUGGGAACCGAAUGUGCCAAAUUGCUGAGAAGUCACUUUGGAGAAGAGUCUGUGAUACUGUCUGACAUCAUAAAACCCAGCCAAGCAAUCGUGGACAGUGGACCAUAUAUCUUUGCCGACAUCCUUGACUUUAAGGGUUUGCAGAAAAUUGUGGUGGAUUAUCGAGUUGAUUGGCUCAUCCACUUCUCAGCCCUCUUGAGUGCCAUUGGGGAGCAGAAUGUACCACUGGCUGUAAGGGUUAACAUUGAAGGUGUUCACAAUGUCAUCGAACUAGCCAAGCAGUAUAAAUUGCGAAUCUUCGUGCCAAGUACAAUCGGUGCUUUUGGUCCUGAUUCACCAAGGAAUCCAACCCCAAAUGUUACAAUUCAGAGACCACGAACAAUCUAUGGUGUUUCUAAAGUUCAUGCUGAAUUAAUUGGGGAGUACUAUCACCACAAAUUCGGUCUCGAUUUCCGCUGUUUGAGAUUUCCCGGUGUUAUUUCUAGCGAUGCACCAGGUGGUGGAACAACAGAUUACGCCGUAAGUGUCUUCUAUGAUGCCCUCAAGACGGGUCAUUUUACAUGCUACUUGAGGCCUGAUACACGUCUUCCCAUGAUUCAUGUUGAGGAUUGUCUCAGGGCUCUUCUCGAAUUCAUGACAACACCACAAGAUAAUCUCAAGAGAAGAGCCUACAAUGUCACAGCCAUGUCCUUCACGCCCGAAGAAUUGGUGGCUGAAUUGGCCAAAUAUGUACCAGAACUCAGGGUUACCUACAAGCCUGACAGUCGGCAACUAAUUGCUGAUUCAUGGCCACAAGUAUUUGACGAUUCGGAGGCAAGAAACGACUGGGGAUGGAAGCCAAAAUACAAUUUGCAAGAUCUAGUCGAAAUGAUGAUAACAGACGUGAGGAAAAUUCUUGAAAGAAAUGGUCAACUUCAAGGAGUUUCAGGAUGAUCAACAAUUGAACAAUAAUCCCCUACUCCACCCGCUAAAUGUGCAUUUUGAAACUGUAUUGUUAUGUCUUCGCCCCACCUUUUACCUCGGUAUAAUUUCAUGAAGUCAAAAUUCGCGUCCCUUCCUUUCUCAAAAAAUUUGCAUACGGUCGAAGGAACACGUCUUCGACACGGAACCCCUAUAGGGGCUUCAGACCUAAGGCUUAGUCAUCUGGCUUAAGUCCUCUAAUUCCUCAUUAAGCAUAAUUUUUAAGGAAAUUGUUGUUUAGUAUUGAAUAUUAAGGGCCAAUGAUUAAUUAGAUUUUGAAAAAUUAAUAAAAUUGCUUGUUACUAAGAUUUUUAGAGAUCUUCGGGAACUGGCUAAACCUCCAGUCUGAAGCCGGCACUAUUGACACUUUUGUCAAAAUGUUGAAAUUCAUUUAAUGUAUCUAAUAAAAUCUAAGUAAUAUAACGUUUUUUCAUUAAUCUUCAUUUUUCAAUAAGGCUAAAUAUUCGAAUUUCAUAUCCCAAAUGGUACAGAGUAGGGUGUCAAUAAGUCCUGGCACGAGUUCCUAAAGUGUCAAUAGGUGUUCCUUUCACCCUAAGUCUUUCCUUUUCGGUCUCAAAAUUCAGCUGAACAAAAUUUAAUUUGACGUAACGUUCAAAAGAAGAAGAAGAUUGCGAAAGAGUAAGACAGGCAUAUGCAAAGCUUUUAAGAAAGAAAAGGACGUGAAUUUUGACUUUAUGAAAUUUUCCUGAUCUAAAAAGUGUAACGGAGCUAUUAAUUUAAAAAAAUAUAUUCAUUUUAAUGUAUACGACCCGAAAUUGGUGCCAAAGGUUAUUUCAUAAAUUCACACUCUAAAUUAUUCAAUUUGUAAAUCAAUUCUUUGUGGUUACUUUUAUCAUUUAAUAAAUAAAAUCAAUAUUGCUAUUAAUAGAGCUGGGGA